AUGUCCUCGGUUAUAGAAGAUGCGCCCGCAGACAUGCGGCGCUUCGAUGGCGACCGAAAAUGGAGCUUGAAGCCACUCAUUCAAAAGGCUGAACGUCAACACCAGCGUUUGCCGGGAAUUAGAAAGAUUCCUCUCCGUGCGAUUGCCAUUAUCUUAUUCAUUGCCCUGUUGAAUGCGAUAGUGUGGAUUGCAGCUGCGAUUGUGCUACGCUACCACCCGUCGUUGGUCUCCACGUCCGUUCUGGCCUAUACACUUGGUCUGAGACAUGCCUUCGAUGCCGAUCACAUCUCGCAUGCAGUACUGACAUGCAAAUGGGCCAUUGACUUGAUGACCCGAAGACUGCUCGCGACGGGACAGAAGCCUGUUACAGUGGGCACCUUUUUCUCCCUGGGACACUCCACGAUUGUGAUCAUCACCUCUGUCGUUGUGGCUGCGACAGCUGCCGCCGUCUCCUCGCGAUUUGACAGCUUCAGCACUAUCGGUGGUAUUAUUGGUAGCUCUGUCAGCGCUGUAUUCCUGAUCUUGCUCGGGAUUAUGAAUGCCUACAUCCUGUACAAGUUGGUCAAACAGAUGCAAAAGGUCUACAACUUGCCCGAGGGCCAAGAGGACGAAGCAUGGAAAAUUGAAGGCGGAGGCAUCCUAUUUUCCAUCUUGAAGAAGAUGUUCAAGCUGAUUGACAGACCAUGGAAGAUGUAUCCCCUCGGCGUUCUGUUCGGCCUGGGCUUCGACACCUCGUCAGAGAUUGCGUUGCUCGGUAUCUCAUCGGUCGAGGCUACCAAAGGCACCUCUUUCUGGGUGAUUCUGAUCCUUCCGGCACUGUUCACCGCGGGGAUGUGUUUGCUCGAUACCAUUGAUGGAGCUCUUAUGUUCUCUCUGUACAUCCAACCCUCCGCGAACUUCCUUCCGGCCAAGCGGAGCAGCACCACCUCGGAAACCUCGGCCGAUACUACUGGCGAUGAGUUGCCUCAAUCACACGACAAUCACCGCGACCCCAUCGCGUUCCUGUACUAUUCCAUCGUGCUCACCACACUGACUGUCAUCGUCGCCAUCGUGAUUGGCGUAAUUCAGCUGCUUACCAUGAUCCUGAAUGUCACCAAUGCCAAGGGCAAGUUUUGGGACGGUGUGCAGACCGCAGGAGACUACUACGACAUCAUCGGCGGAUCGAUCUGUGGCUGCUUUCUGAUCUUCGGUCUCCUGAGUGUCGUCUUGUACAAGCCCUGGCGACGAUGGAUGGCCCGUCGCCAUGGACGACCUGUGGUCACUGACGAGGAGGGGUAUCAGGAUGAUGCCCCUGACUCUAGCGAGGAGGGAGGUGUUAUGGUGCACGAGGCCCGUAGCGAUAUGCAGAACUCGCAGACUGAAGUGGUGGGGAAGGAGUCGUCAUCCCGCGUUGCAGUAAAGGAGACUAAUGAGCGCCGCAUUGAAGAGGAAAUCAUUUAG